AUGGCGACAUCCGCCUUGGACCACGUCAUCUCGUUCGUGGUGCCUUUCUCCCUGGGCAUCACGUACGCCACUGACUCUCUCGACUCCCUGGUCAGUCUCGCCGGCAGCGGCACUUCGGACGAGGAUUUGGUCCGUCAAUUCAGUCCGCCAUCCAAAGGGGUUCGCGCCCUGGUCAGUCUGUCAACGGCCAAAUGGCGGGACCGGGAGAGCAAAAUCCAUGACGACGAGAUUCAGCAUCUGCCAGACAGUCCCAUCCGGUUCGGAGUACGAGCCGGUACACUAGAUUUGAAGAAAUAUUCACAGAAACAUGCCGGUGCUGAAGCGUCAAUGGACGCCAAAACCAGUAAAGUCCUGCGACGGUACGAACUCGACAAGCGCCAGAUGGACACGUGGGAAACAUCUGAGGAAGCAGUCACCAUCCAGGUCAAGACGUAUGCACGGUCGAUCAUGGGCAUCGCUGCCUUUAUCGUGUGCGGUGGCAUGUCGGUGCCGUUCGCGGUGGGCAGUCGCAUCCGAGGCGUCGACCCCUUCCAGAUCACCACAUUCGCCUGGGUCCUCGCCGGCUUCUUGACCAUCUUUGCCAAAAGCCGGUACGUGAGCGAAUGGCCGUGGCAUGACUUCAUCCACGGCCGCGUGGUGUGUCGGAGCGUGAAAGACGUCUGCGAUGUGACGCGCGUCGACCCGCAGAUGGUUCUGAUGUACCUCCUCCUCGAGGAGCAGGUCACCACAUUGCGUACCAAGGGGCCGUACAACGGCAUGUUUUCCCGCCGGUCGGAAGAUGUAAGCGGCUUCACCAUUGACGAACCCACACACAUCUCGACCAUGCUGGCCAGCGGCUUCGUCGUUCUCAAGGUGUUGAACGAGUUCGGCGAGCACCUUGUUUGCCUCGAUGUCCGGAAGGGAACCAAGGGCGAGGCCCCGUGGCUGCAUCAGACGCGGCGAUAUCUAGCGUGCAUGGAUCUCGACAACGAGGCUGACGAUAGGCUCUUGAACGAGCCCGAGCCCGAGCCCGAGCCCGAGCCAGCUCUCCCGCCACCGUUCGGUGAUAAGCACCAGACGGUCAAGGCCACGCGCCUGGCGGUGACGAAGGAGCGGGCGCCUGUGGACAAGGUGAAGAAGCUCAAAAUAGCUCGAUUCCGUGUCAACAAGGUCCUGGGUCUGUUUGUGGGCAAUGCCAGAUUUGGGUAG